CUCUUUUUUAGUAAACGAGAAGCUUUGAAAAUCUGCUGAUGAAAAUUCGUGAAGUUUAUGUAAGUCCAGCUCUUUUUCCUGCUAUAGGAGGAUGCGUGUGUUAUAAAAUAUUGCUAUGAUUAGAAUGGAGCUUAGAAUAGUGUUUUACCUUUAUGUAGCUAUUUUAUGGAGCAUUUGUGCGAAUGCUCUAGUGGCAACUGUUUGUAAAUUCGAGAAGCCUAGCAAAAAUUCCAGGAAUACAGACAUGUAUUGUUGCAUAUAUGAUAAUGGCAAUCAAGCAUGCGGAAGUAGUGGAACAAGUGAAGAUCUACAUCGACAUAUCGAUGUGCUAGAUUGGGGUAUAGAAUGGAUUCGCAAAGGAGAAAAAGAAAGUUGUCGUCAGAUUGGCAGGCUUAACUGGUUUGUGGGGAACAUGCACUUAUAAUGACAAAUCAAGAAAAGAUUGCCAGGAUUAUCUGUUUGAAGCAUGUAUAAAAACAGGUGGAUCAAGAAGGCACUGCUGCGAACAAUUUAUGUUUUGAUCUGCUUGUGCAUACGGUAGCUGUCCUACACAUGUUAAUUAUCCUAAUUACUGCUAAUAUGUAAAAUAUAUCUACACUAAAAUAUAAUAUAAUCAUUAACAUUAUUAUUACGAUUAUCAAUCAAUAUAUUUUUACCUUUGAAUCAAUAUAG